CUGGAGAAAACUGAACGUCAGAGAAACAAUCCUGCUGCAACACAACCUCGAACUGGCCCUGGACAGCCCCCUUUAGUUGACUCGCAACCUGCUCUUCUAGAGACCAUAAUUAAUAUUGCCAUUCAUAGCAGCGCUGCAGAUGAACGUCGCCGAACAGAGAUUAUUAGGAGUUGUCUCACUCUAUCCGACCUGUAUGAGAGGCUGUUGUUAAUGGGAUUCCAAAUUUCUCGAAGCGGCACAUAUCUUCAUUUACUUCCACUCGUUUCUAACACUCAAGAGGGAAGAAGACACGUACGUACCAUACCCGCAAAGUUAGCAAGACCAUAA